GAAAAAAGGUAGAGCAGUCAGGGUGAUGGAGACAAGAGGGCAUGGGGCGAGCGAGGGAUGGAUGGAUGGAUGGAUGUGUGGGUCAAGAUUGAAUAAUAGAGAGCCGAAGGAAAUAAAGCUGCAUGGGAGAGAGCGCACUUUGUCACGCUGUUAACAGAGACCUAGAACUAAUGUACUGUGACUUACACACAUAACACAGACAUUCAAAUGAGAAUGAGGAUUCUGAGAUACACCACAUUCAUCCUGCUGUGAGUCUGGCUUUAGCCUCCUCUGAACGUGUCCAUCACAGAGAGAGAGAGACCUGUGUAGUCGUACGAGCAGACGUGCGAUGUUGCCAUAGCAAUGGUUCUGGAAGUAGCGGAGGUCCGUCUGAACUGUUAGUGUGUGCAUGAUAAUGAGUGUGUUUCACUUCAGGGGGUAAGCAGAAAGGUCAGGGUUUAUGUUCUGUGUGUUUAUUUCUUCUAUCCCUGAUCACCAGACCCACACAGACUGUGAACAUGCAGAAUCAGAAUGCCUGUUUAGUUCUGCACAGCACUGACACCUUUGGCUUACUUUCAAUAAUAUUGUACUGUUCUCUACUGCAUUUAACACAUAUUACCAUGUUGAAAUCCAUUCCACAUACCACAAUUCUGUAAAUUGUCCCCAAAGAAAUCAGUUCUGAAAUACAGAAAAGAAUAUUCCAUGCUGAUCACUCAUCAGAAGUGUACACAAGGGAGUCAACAUGGCACUUGCAGAUCAGUUUGUGCCACAAGGUGAAGUCAGUAUAGUGUGAGCGGGAGCCCUGAGAUGGCGACGCAGGGGCUGGCGGCCCGGCUCUUGGUGCUGCUGGCCGUGUUGGCGGUGGCUCAUGCCUCCGUCUUCCAGUCCAAUCAGAGAUUGAAACCUCGGUUCCAGCGAGACCGGCGCAACAUCCGCCCCAACAUCAUCCUCAUCCUCACCGAUGACCAGGACAUUGAAUUGGGCUCCAUGCAGGUCAUGAAUAAGACCCGGCGGAUCAUGGAACAGGGUGGAACGCACUUCUCCAACGCGUUUGUCACCACGCCCAUGUGCUGUCCAUCACGCUCCUCCAUGCUGACGGGGAAGUACGCCCACAACCACAACACCUACACCAACAACGAGAACUGCUCUUCGCCCUCCUGGCAGGCCCAACAUGAGCCACGCACUUUUGGAGUUUACCUCAACAGCACUGGCUACAGGACAGCAUUCUUUGGGAAGUAUCUGAAUGAGUAUAACGGUACUUACAUUCCUCCGGGCUGGAGGGAGUGGGUCGCCAUGGUGAAGAAUUCCCGCUUCUACAACUACACUCUGUGCAGGAACGGCGUCCGAGAGAAACACGGAUUUGAAUACUCAAAGGACUACCUGACAGAUCUCAUUACCAAUGACAGCAUCAGUUACUUCCACAUGUCAAAGAAGAUCUACCCUCACCGACCCAUCAUGAUGGUGAUCAGUCACGCCGCCCCUCAUGGCCCGGAGGACUCGGCCCCUCAGUACUCUACUGCCUUCCCCAACGCUUCACAGCACAUAACGCCCAGUUAUAACUACGCCCCUAAUCCAGACAAACACUGGAUUAUGCGCUACACCGGCCCCAUGAAGCCCAUUCACAUGGAGUUCACCAACAUGCUGCAGCGCAAGAGACUGCAAACACUGCUGUCCGUGGAUGAUAGUGUGGAGAAGAUAUACAACAUGUUGGUGGACACUGGAGAGCUGGACAACACAUACGUGAUCUACACAGCUGACCACGGAUAUCACAUCGGUCAGUUCGGACUGGUCAAGGGGAAAUCCAUGCCCUACGAGUUUGACAUCAGAGUUCCCUUUUACAUCCGCGGCCCAAAUGUGGAGGCAGGAGGCAUCAACCCCCACAUCGUGUUGAACAUAGACUUGGCCCCCACCAUCCUGGACAUUGCAGGGAUGGACGUUCCACCAGACAUGGACGGCAAGUCCAUCCUCAAGCUUCUGGACACAGACCGCAUGAUGAACAGGUUCCAGCUCAACAAGAAAGGAAAAGUGUGGAGGGACUCGUUCCUGGUGGAGAGAGGAAAACUGCUGCAUAAAGCGUUGAAUGAUGGGAAGGCUAUGGCCCAGGAGGAGAACUACCUGCCCAAAUACCAACGUGUUAAAGACCUGUGCCAGCGCGCAGAGUACCAGACGCCAUGUGAACAGAUCGGUCAGAAGUGGCAGUGUGUUGAAGACGCCACAGGGAAGCUGAGGUUGUCUAAAUGCAAAGGCAUGGCCAGUCUGUCUGCAGUGCAGAAGCCAUCUGUAUCCAGCAUCAAAUCACAGAUUUAUCUGCAGAGCAUGAGCGCUGAUGUCAGCGUGAACUCUGCGCCUCAAGGCUGCAACUGUGAACCCAAAAGCUACAGACUGAGCACCUUCUCCAAGAAUAAGCUGCUCGCCAAAAAGAAACUGAAAUUACUGAAGAGCUACUCUAGGAACCGCUUUGCCCGUGCUGCUUCCAUGGAGAUGGGAGGAGACCUGUACGCAGUGGAUCUGGAUCAUGAAUACAGACCCUCAGGCCCCAGAAACCUCAGCCUUGGGCAGAACACAGCGGACGAGGACGAGUUCAGCGGUGUGGGACCCACUGCAGUCAGCCAGACCAGCAACAGCCUGGCUGUGCCCUCGUCUAUUAAAGUCACUCACAGAUGUUCCAUUUUGGCCAAUGAUACAGUAAAAUGUGACGUUGGUCUGUACAAAUCGCUGCAAGCAUGGAAGGACCACAAGCUCCACAUCGACCACGAAAUUGAAACACUCCAGACAAAGAUUAAAAACCUUCGUGAGGUCCGAGGUCAUCUGAAAAAGGCACGACCUGAAGAGUGUGACUGCAACAAAUACUAUUACAAAUCCAUGUACAAGAGUAAACUGAGGAAAUACAAAGCAGGAGGUGUCCAUCCCUUCAGGAAAGGACAGGAGAAGGGUAAGAAGGCCUGGUUAUUGUUGGAACAAAAGCGCAGGAAGAAGCUGAGGAAGUUACUGAAGCGCCUGCGUAACAAUGACACCUGCAGCAUGCCUGGCCUCACCUGCUUCACACACGACAACCAGCACUGGCAGACCGCUCCAUUCUGGACACUGGGGCCGUUUUGUGCGUGCACUAGUGCCAAUAACAACAGCUACUGGUGCAUGAGGACCAUUAAUGAGACACACAACUUCCUGUUCUGUGAAUUUGCCACUGGAUUUCUGGAAUACUUUGACAUAAACACGGAUCCAUAUCAGUUGGUGAAUGCAGUGAACACACUGGACCGGUAUGUUCUCAAUCAACUGCAUGUUCAGCUCAUGGAGCUCAGGGGCUGUAAGGGACACAAGCAGUGUAACCCUCGUACACGCAGCCUCGACAUGGAGGACAGAUAUGGGAAGGAUGGGAAGGAUAACUCAUGGAACGAGGACGUCCCGGAAGACACCAACAUGUUUCCCGGCGAGCCGAACUGGUCCGAACUUGAACCUUUGUACAGACUUGAUGAGCACGCCUACGAUCUCAAACUCAACUUCACCCUCAGCCUCGAGGACUGGGCUCAUUUCAGCCGCUCCGUGGACCACAUGUUCACGCUCCUCAGCAACGACAACCAGCCGUACUCUCCGCCCCGCCCUGAGGACGGACAAACAGGAAGAGGCCACGCCCUGGUGUCCUCCAGCCAAUCCGCUUCAGCCAUCUACCUGACCACUCUGGCCACGCCCGCUCUUUUAUUGAAGGAAGCUGGCGCUGAGAUCUUGAGAGACGCUUUGGGGCUAAACCAAGUGGAACGUCCCUCUUCUUCUUCUCCUCCUUCGCCUUCAUCACAUCCCAUGCGACCUGUCGGGUCACAAGUGGACAAUGCAGGCUGGGACGCUCCUCUUGGAGAACUGAAAGGGGACAUACAGAGAGAAGGGAGGGACGGUGAUGAGGAGGAAAAGGAGGAGUUUGUUUAGAGACGGACAGGAAGGUUAAGCUCCGCCCACUGUGACUGCAAUGACAUUUUGCAGGAAACGAUUUGACUCUUAUGUAAUAUUCCUCUCUCUCAUACCGUCCCAUCUCAGACAGACAUCGCAAAAUACUUCUAAAUUUGAUGGAUGUGAAGGAAGAGGAUGUUUAAUGCCAGCAUACAGUUUGUUUUUCUUAUCCUGUAUGUUCCCUCACUCCAUUAUGGACUGGCCUCAGAAGCGCGGCGACACCCAGCGACAUUUCCAUCUACAGUCGGACUGUUUUCCCAACUUGUCCAUGAGAUCGGCUAGGCUUUGAACAGAGCACAUUUUUAUCUUUUAACUUAGAUUCUUUACUCUGUUUUUAUUCUUUUAUCUUUUUUGAUGGGAUUUGGGAAGGCUGGGGGUUAAAAUUCAUAGCAGUAAAACUUCCCAAGGAUUGAGUUGUUGUGACCGUUCAUACUUGACUCACUUUGAAACCGGUUUUGCAACAUAAUUCUUGAUGGCUGCUUUUCUAGUCUCCAGAAGAUGUCUCACUUUGUGGGACAAUGUCUUUUACAGCCUUAUAACUUCACUGAACAACACCUCAGACAGGUCAGUGGCGAAUGUGUGUGUUUGUGUGUUGUGUGUGUGAACAUGCUGUAUCUGAAGUCAAAAGUGAAUUUAAGUGUAAUUAAAUGGAGCUUUCUGAUUUCAUUUGUUGCUCCCAGUGUAAAAUUUUUUUUUGUUCAAUAGAAAAAAAUCUAAAUCUAAAUUUCCUACAGUUUUCUGGCUGCUUAUUGCAGUAUAACAAGUUGAACCAAUUAACCAAUAAAAACAAAAAAGAAAGAAAAAUGGUUCAUUUGAUGUAUUGGUCAUUAUUUGUAUUUGACAAAAAAAAAUAUGUUUUUUUCCCCGAGCAUACUGAGAAAGAAAUUUUGAUGUACAAAACAUGCCACGUCAUAUUUGUAACCUUAGCUUGUUCUUAAAACUUUGGCUAUACACAAUGCUACAAAUAUCAGAGCAAAUAUAUGAAAUGUAUGUAUUUUAAGGUGUGUUUGCAAUGUAAAUGGUUAAAGGAUAUUUUUUAUCACACAUUUGAAGCUAAACUGACCGCCAGACAUAAAGAUAUCACUCCAUCUUGAGGUUUAUUUAUGCAGCAUAUUUUUAAUAGUUCUUUAAUACACAUAUUCAGUUUUUUAUGGUGAUGUAUCUAAGGUUGUUUAAAUUAUUACCUUCCAGAUGUAUUUCAUCCAUCCCUGUUUUGAGAUCAGUUUGGUUCUUUGAUGAUUGUGAUUGAGAUUAUAAUGUUCAAGAGGGUAAUAAUCUGAUCCCUGAUCAAUCCACAUACUCUGGGAUACUUCAUCAGUACAGGUCUGUUCACAUAUUCCAUAUCAGUGUAUAUCAUCCACCCCUCACCUGAGAUUGUGUAUGGUUGUUUUAAAAACCAUCAUAAUUAUUAUAAAGAUGUAUUGUGCAUAAACUGGAGGAUAGGAGACGAUGUGGAGAGGAGGAGAAAUUUUCCUUUGGCACUUUCAAAAGGACGGCUGUUUUUGAAAAAGGAAUUUAAAAAAGAGAUGAGAUGGUUUUAACAAAGUCUUGUACAGUUCUAUAGAUUUAUCAUACUUAUAUUUUUGGUUUGGUUUACCAGUGAACAUUUGAUAGUGCUCAUUACUUUGUGAAUAAAGUGUUGAAUGC